AUGUUUUGUUUCCACGCCAUAUUUGUUAGCCGGCUAGCGCUCGGUAAAGAGGCUUCUGACGCGAUCUCGGCACAAUCCGACAUCAUCGGCGCUUUCUGAGGAGCUUCGACUCCACAUCUGCGUUUCUCACAACAAACACGCGUUUAUACGUCCUUAGCCAAGGCUCUGGCCGCGAGCUCAACGCAGAAUUUGAAUAAAAACGAAGCGAUCGAGACGAGUUCCCUUGAGAUCAGAGAAGGACUGUGACUAGCGGGGGGUCUCUCGCUGCUCGGAUUACUUCCUUUCGCCACAGUCUUUUUGUCUCAAACACAAGCUUCGGUAACAUGGCGUGUGGAGCCACUCUGAAGAGGACUAUGGACUUCGAUCCUCUGAUGAGCCAAGCGUCUCCGAAGAGGAGGAGGUGCGCGCCCGUGUCUCCCUCCAGCUCCAGCGCGUCCCCGCAGAAAUACCUGCGCAUGGAGCCGUCGCCCUUCGGCAGAGUGACCUCCGCGCUCACCACAGGUGUGUUUGAGUCUGUAUGUGUCUCAGCCUUCACCACAGAGCAAAUCCUGAGCAACAUCAAGCAGGAGUACAAGCGCAUGCAGAAGAGGAGACACCUGGAGAACAGCUUCCAGCAGACGGACGCAUGCUGCCCCCUCGAGCCUCAGCCGCACGCCUCCACGCUGCCAGGAGCGUCCUGUGGCUCAGCUUCCCCCUCCAGACGCGAGCAGCCGCUCUUCACGCUGAAGCAGGUGGGCAUGAUCUGUGAGCGUCUGCUGAAGGAGCGCGAGGAGAAGGUGCGCGAGGAGUACGACGAGAUCCUCACCACCAAACUCGCAGAGCAGUACGAUGCUUUCGUCAAGUUCACCCACGACCAGCUGAUGAGGCGCUUCGGGGAGCAGCCGGCCAGCUAUGUGUCCUGAGCGGUGUCCUGUGCUCUGGUGUGAGCUCCAGCAGUGCCAAUCGACUGCAUCUUUCCCUGCUGGCCACGGACUGUGUGUCAGGCUUCUGUCUCUCUCUGCAGCGGCUCAGUGCUUCCUGCCUCCUCACCUGCAACUAUUACUCCAGUCAGUGCUCCUGUGUCUCGUACUGAACCCUGGGUAUUUAUUAGGCUUUGACCAUGCCUUUUAUACAGCCACCUGUCAUUACAUCCUUGUUUUUUAUCUUUGAUUUCUGUAAAAUGCCUUUUAUUGGCUGCAGAUGACGUCGAUUGCCAUGAUGAAUGUGAGGGAGACUGCUGUUCAUAGCUUUGUGUAAAUACAUCCUGGCCUUCAUCUGCAGUUUUCAUGUACAAAUCAAACAGCAUUUAUUUUGAUUAGAGUCUGUUUUCAUGCUUUGUAUUUAUUUGAACUGUUUUGCCCCUUUCCUCUGCAUUAUGGUUUUACUGCUCCUGUAGUUGAAAUGACUUCUGUUGGGAAACUAUACCAAUAAAAUGUUUACGUAA